AUGGAUGUGAGAAAGCAAGUGCGUUGGAAGGUUACAGGUCCUCGACUCUUUCAUCUCUUUGCAUUCAAGCGAGAGCAAUUCGCAAUACUCAGUCUUGAGUUCUUAGCCCAACUGCACGCAGUGGUUCCCAGAGCUUAA